GCGAGUUUGAGUUUGUGAAGUUUUGUGAAGCUUGCCUUUUAACUACCAUUUCCCAAAAAAACCCACCCUCUUCCUCCGACAUGACGUCCUCAUUUCAGUUCAACCAGAGGCAGAAUCAGGCUGGUGUUGCUUUGUUCAACUACGUAUUCUGUUAUUUCUGCUGUGCUAAUACUAAUAAUGAGGUAAUCUCUCGUCACCCUGUGGCUUCUCUUCUUAAGGUUCCUGGUUAUGACCGUUUUUUAUUUUAUGUGCAUACAUUUCCUUAUAUGAACAAUAGUUAGUGUGUUGUUAUUUGUUAGUUUGAUGCUUUUUCUAAUGCUCUUUUAUUUCCAUACAAUUACUUAAAUUGUUGCUUAUCGUUCUAUUUACACUACUCUUCUUGAAAUGUACUCCGUAUAUUUAUUUAUUCUGCCAAAAAUAAAUAAAUUUUGGGGGUUGUCCCGCCACCGUAGGCUACCGGCGUGCUGUUCUCCAUGUGGAAAAUAAAAUUAAAUAGUUUAGGACUCAUAGUGUCCCUACUUAUAAUGUCCAAUAAAAUACAGUACGAGUUAUUGAGUAGAAUUUACAACGAACCUGAUGGGGCCCAGAGGGAGGACGCCGGAGUGCAUGGUGAGGUUCUCAAUGAAAAGGACGGAAUGGGAAUCGAGGCUGGAGGCCUUGGCGUACUCGUUGCUGAGAUCUUCCCCGGAGGGGCAAAGUUGUCAAACGAAGCGAAAAAAGGCUAACCUGCAUUCCCACGUCGGCCACGAACGUGUCUACGUGGCCAAGGAGCAUAACCUUGUCGUGGUGGGAAAAGUGGCUAUUGGAGAUUGUGACCGCGGUGGACGCCCUAGUGACGUCGAUCAAACCGUCCGUACAACUCGACAAGGUGCAGUGGUCGAUCCAGAUGUUCCUCGAGCUUCGUACGGUUAUCCCGUCUCCGUCCGAUUGGCCUCUGUACUCCGUGCGUGUUGGGCCCGUGCGUAUCAUAGUGUUCCCCGAGGGCUUGCAGUUGGUGAUUUGGACGUUGUGAAUAAUCACAUUGGUGAUGUUCGCCAAGGUCAAGCACCCGUUUCCGGUGAUGAGCAGGUUGGCGCCGCGGCCGUCGACGGUCUUGUAGCUGUUGAAGAUCAGCUCAUGUUUCAACGUGAUCGUCAUGUCGCCGGCGAACACGAUCCACAACGGCUCCGUUUGGAUCACCGCGUACCGGAGAGUCCCCGGUUUCGGGUUCACGACGUCCAGGUCCGACGGGUCGUUGACUGUGUAGAUGGGCCCGCCUUUGCCGCCCAUCGCUCCGUGACCGAACCCGAUGCCGCAGUCCGCCAGGUGCUGGCGGUUGUUUUCCCAGCCAGGGUCGCACCGCCAGCAGUCGUCGAUCGGGUUUCCGGUGAGGCAUGGGUCGUUCUCCGCUGGCAGCAGUCUUCUCCUUGACACAGAUUCUUUCACUCUCCUGUUCAAAUUGGACAACACAAUAGCUCUUUGUCAAAAUUAUAUUCUUACCCAUUACACGAUUAAUGAUUUGUUUCAAAAUAUGAAUACUAAAAACUUGGUAGAAUAAAUGUCUGAUUGGAAAUUUCAUCUUCCUUAUUUAUAUACCUUUAUUCAUCUAUGACAAUAAAAUUUUCUUGUCUAUACAACAUGUGAUGCUUGUACUACGUAGUCUUUAAAUAAAACUUUAUUUUAAGUUUUUCAUACAAUAUUUAAACAUAUUAACAUAAAAAAAUGGUUCCAGUCAAUCAUCAUAAACUGAAAUGUGAGGCUUAUUAUGGACAGGGGGACGGGGGAGGUUUAACACUAAAUCAACAUGGAUCGGUGUGUUCAUUGCCUUUUCACUGUUCAUUGGCGCGAUACAUUUGGGCGGGAACACUAUGCAUAAAACCUUCUACUUUUGUAGAUAUAGAUAUACGAUCGUGUGAAAUCCAGUUGGAUUCGACGAAUUCGAUAGUUCUUUUUAAAUCGAAGAUCUCAAAAACUAGGAAAUGAAUUGGGCGAAAAUAGCAUUGCAUCCGAAAUAGAUGAAGAAAAAAAACAGAGCUCGACUCGGAUUUGUUAAAGCUCGAUCAGAAGAAUGUCCUUUUUUUACCUAUGAACUUCUCGAGCGACCAAUUCUGGGUAGGGGUGUUGAUGCGGGAUGGUUAGGU